AUGAGGACUUCGUAUGCUGAUCUCCGAUUUCUCCCUGAUCGAUUCUACCCGGAUGGCAUGGCUUCAACAGAUAUCGAAGUAUCCAUGGACCCUUGGGUCCACCUUGCGAGUCCCCAACCGAGAGCCGCGUUUACACGCUACCCUGCCUAUUACGCCAAGAGUAUCGUUGUGGCGGUUGAUGGCGCAUGUUUGUACAACGGCAGGGCCCAAGCUCGUGCGUCCCUCGGCGUAUAUUGGGGCGCCAACAACUACUUCAACACCGGUAUAGUCUUAGAUCCCACGGACCGUCAAACGAACCAGGUGGCCGAGCUGCAGGCUUGUCUGGAGGCCCUGGGGAAUUUAGACGAUGUGAGCUGUGCACAUCCAGCGGGCGAUCGGCUGUCUACGGUCGUGAUUAAGUCAGAUUCGGAGUAUAUGGUGCGAGGCAUAACGGAGUGGUUUCCCAGCUGGAGGAACCAGCGCUGGAGAAAUUACCGCGGAAUGCCAGUCACGAAUCUUGAGUACUUCAGGAUGAUCGAUGAGUACAUCGAGGAUUGGGAAGCCCAAGGUCUAUCGGUCAAAUUCUGGCUCGUACCUCGAUCCAUGAAUCGGAUGGCGGAUGGUCUGGCAAAAGAUGCACUUCAUUGA